CUGAACAAUAACACUCUAUCGGUGGAAGGGGUCAAUAAAAUGGUUCAGAUGAUUUCAUCCAACACCAAUUGUCAUAUCAAACACCUGGGAUUAAAGAAGGUUACAGUUGACAGAGAUUUCAUAACUGCAGCCGAGAACCUGAAAUCUCAGAACAUCAGCGUAGAAUAUUCGCUGGAUUUUUCACAACGAAAGAGUGCGCGUGAACUUACCCGCCACGAGUUGGAAGACUUUGCCGCCAUCUUGGAACAAAAUGGCGUCAGCAUUCGGGAUGUGUUCGAUGAUGUUAUUAGUGCUAAUUCUUUGAUGAGGGUGGAAGAUUUUUUGUAUCUUGUUGAAAUGUCUGAUAGAUGUUCUAACGAAACAGUCAAAGUUAUAAGAAGAAAUACAGUGGAAUCCAAAAAUCAUAGAUUUAUUCUCAA